CACCUAUGUGCAUUUGCAUUGAAUAACAUGAAGUCGGGAGAAGCUCAGCCUCGCUCGACUCGUAUCUGGAACCCAGGUAAGGUACGGACGUACUGGACUGUACUGUACUGUUUGUGUUUCUUGUCUUGGUGCCCAACCAUCGUCAGCUCCUUCAACUUCUUCCUCCCUUUGCCUUUAUUUUUCUUUUACUUCAAUGUCUAUUUCGCAACGUCUGUCUGGAUGGCAUGGGACGUGCACUUUGGGAUGCAAUGUAGUCGGUACCAACGACUCCUUCGGGGUCUCGUGUGUGGUCCACGGGUCCUUUUCUCUGCUUACACGGCCUGUAAUUGGCACACUAUCUUUUUGCUGUUUAUUCUUUCUUUUUCCCGUCGACAAGUCCCAGGUGUGGACUCUGUUUCUCGUAUGUGGACGCCGGGACGGAAGUGACAAUGCUCC